AUUUGUUUUUUUUUCAUGUUGAGCUGUAACAUAUUUAGUCUUUUAACCUCUAAAUUUGUAAUUCCUGCAUACAAUCUAUAAAAUAUUUCAUGACAGGCCAAUUUUGGAAGCUGGGGUGUUGAAUUGUUUAUAUUUAGCAUCAAUAGAAGGUAUUUAUGAUGCUAUUUUCUGAGUAAAUUUCACAUUUUCUUUAAUGUUGAAUUGCUAAACCUCCUGCGUUUAUAUAUUGUCCUUUGGGCUCCUUAUAAAGGUUUUAAAGGUUGUUUGCUACAUGCAGAGGCCACAUACAGUCUUGUAAAAUAUCACAUUACAGGCCUGUCACCUUUUCUAGGACCAUUUGUGGAGAUAAUGUUGCAUCUUCUUAUUGAUAAAGCUGUAAUGUGCAUUUGAAAAGUGCAUCUGCAGUAUCAAGUCUUAAAAUCUCUAAAUAGAGAGAAUAUUUGUUCCCACAGCAAACCAGAUGUUAUAUCUUGACAGAAGGUUAUUAUUCCGUUUUUAAAGGAAACUCUACAAACGUGUGAAACCUCGCAAGGGAAACAUUAUCUGAUCCUCACUUGGCAGGUUUUUUUUUUUUCCAGCCUCAUAGCACAUGGACAUUUUUUGCAGCGUGCUUUGACGCGAAGUGACAGCGUUUGGUUACUACUCGUCUCCAUAAGUGCGUGUCAGCCCCUGAUGCAUAUCUGUGCUGUCAGCCAGAGGAGAGGAGGAAAGGAAAGGUGGAUCCUCAACACAACAACAAGCCAACACCUUCUUCUCCUGCUCUUGCUCCUGUCAUGCGUGUGUGCAGAGCAGCUCCAUCUCUGCAACACUCCUGCCGCGCCGCUUCGCCUCUCCUCUCCGCAGACGCACUUGCCGCGUCCAGUGAAACCGCGCUGACACCAUGAACGGCUACGGGUCCCCCUACCUGUACAUGGGGGCUCCGGUGUCCCAGCCCAGAGCCCCGCUGCAGAGGACACCCAAGUGCGCCCGGUGCCGGAACCACGGCGUGCUGUCGUGGCUCAAAGGUCACAAGCGCUACUGCCGCUUCAAGGACUGCACCUGCGAGAAGUGCAUCCUCAUCAUCGAGCGGCAGCGCGUCAUGGCAGCGCAGGUGGCGCUCCGCCGGCAGCAGGCCAACGAGAGUCUGGAGAGCCUCAUCCCGGAGUCGCUGCGAGUUCUACCCGGUAUCGGCAUAGCUGGAGGCGGCGAGGGGAACCAGGGAGGAGCACCGCAGAGGACCGAGGAACUGGAGCUCAGGUGGAGCAGCACGGAACCGCUGCAGGCCGGAGCUCAGACAUGCACAGAGCCAGCAGAGGACGGUCCUGAUGAGGGCUCCGGGGCUGAAAACGGAGGCAGCUCCAGUGAGAAGGAGCAGGACCCGGUCAGCUCGCCUGAAGGCUCCAAACCAAACUCCUGCUACACCCCGGAUCCCCCAGAGACCCCCUCCCACCCGGAGGAGAGCCGCUACAGCCUCCCUAAAGCCGGCAGCACCGAGAAGGAAGCCAAAGCCGAGAGUCCUAAGAAGUAUCCGAGUGUCAGCCCCGGUGACCAGGCCGUGCUCAUCGAAGGCCUCGCCGGCUCCAUCAACCUGCCCUUCAGCCUGCGGGGCAACCGGCCCCCGCUGGAGGUCCUCAAGAAGAUCUUCCCCGCUCACAAGCCUCCGGUCCUGGAGCUCAUCCUCAGAGGCUGCGGGGGGGAUCUGGUAGGAGCCAUCGAGGUGCUGCUAUCCAGCAGGAAUCCAGAGGGACACCCGACGCACGCUGACCAUCACCCGGACACCCUGUUGCUGCCCACAAACGGACACCUGUUCGAGCACACGCUGGGCUCCUACCACCCGGUGUCCUCCUCCGCCAAGUGGUCUGUGGGCUCUGCUUUCCGGGUCCCCGAGUCCCUCCGAUUCGCGUCCGACUCCGCCUCGGGCGUGGUGUCCGCCGGGCCCCUGGGUGUCCCCCUGCAGCACCCGUCCUUCCCGCAGCCCACGCGUUACCCACUCAUGCUGCGCAACUCCCUGACGCGCAGCCAGGGCAGCCCCUUCGUGCACAACGACGUGACUCUGUGGAAUACCAUGGCCCUGCAGCAGCAGUACCAGCUCCGCUCGGCGGCCCAGUACGUGUCGCCGUUCUCCCCAGCGGCCCCCGCAGGCCCCGCCAGCUUCCGCAGCUCCCCCAUCCUCCCCUCCAGAGCCUCCGAGGAGCCGCGCAUCAGCAUCCAGGAGGAGAGCUGCACGCUGGGACCCAAACCAGGCCUCUACUCCCCCGAUGAGGAGUACGAAGAGCGCUCCGACUCCGCAGACUCCCGCAUCCUCAACUCCUCCACCUGAGCUGAGGAGGCUGCUGACUAGUGGAGCGGAUAACAUCCAUUUUUCAAUCAAAUCGUGCAAAUAGUGAUACAAGCACCAAAUUUGGCAUGAUGAUUGCCGAGGGGUCACUAUGAUACGAUAAUACUUUAUUGUCAGACAGGUCUGAAAUUUGUUUUG